AUGCGCACGAAGGACGAUCACAUCGCCUAAUGCCAACUAUUUGUGAAGCCAGUCUUUUUGUGUGAAAUUUUGCCUCCGUUCGGUCAGAAUGGCGGCCCACAAGACCUUCAUCAUCAAGCGUAAACUCGCUAAAAAACUCAAACAAAACAGACCAAUUCCCCAAUGGGUUAGAAUGAGGACUGGAAACACAAUCAGAUACAACGCUAAGAGGCGUCAUUGGCGUAGAACCAAGUUGAAGUUGUAAGAUGUGACACCAGAAUCAAUUUUGAUAAUGAUUAAAAUAAACUACAACUUUAAAUAUUAA